AUUUUCAGCAGAAGCUGCAAAUCUUUAAGGCCAAUCGGGAAUUAUUAGUAACUUUGUAGCAAUGAAUUCAACAGCAGUUCAGCACAUCUCAGAAUCCUUCAUAAAGCCCCAACACAUGACGGAAGAAUCAAAACAUCCAUACUAUUUGUCCCCAUGUGAUCUUGCUAUGGUCUCUGCCUACUACAUCCAAAAAGGCCUGCUCUUUGCCAAACCAACUCCACAGGAAGACUUCAAGAUCUUUGAUCUCUUGGAGAAGCUCAAACACUCCCUAGCUCUUACGCUUGUCCAUUUCUACCCACUUGCAGGUCGCCUCGCAACUUCAAAGUCUGAAGAUCCCCCUUCAUAUGUAAUCUAUGUGGAUUGCAGCAAUAGCCCAGGUGCUCGAUUUGUACACGCAACUGUUGAAAUGACAGUAUCAGAUAUUCUUUCACCUACAUAUGUUCCAUCGGUUAUUCAAUCUUUCUUUGACCAUCAUAGAGCUCUCAACCAUGAAGGUCAUGUCCGGUCGUUGCUGACAAUUCAAGUUACAGAACUAAUUGAUGGAAUCUUCAUCGGAUGUUCUUUCAACCACGUCAUUGGUGAUGGCACCUCCUAUUGGCAUUUUUUGAACACUUGGUCUGAAAUUUUUCAAGCCCAGAGAGAUGAUCAUGUUCCAAUCUCGCAGCCACCAGUUUUGAAGCGCUGGUUUCCUGACAAUUGUGGUCCUAUAAUCAAUCUUCCUUUUACUCACCACGAGCAGUUCUUAGUCCCAUUUGAGGCACCCCUGCUUAAAGAAAGAAUAUUUCAUUUUUCAGCAGAAUCUAUUGCUAAACUCAAAGUAAAAGCAAAUACAGAGUACAAUACGGACAAGAUUUCCUCCUUCCAGUCUUUAUCUGCAUUUAUGUGGAGAUGCAUAACCCGUGCACGUCAUAUACCUCAUGAUCAAGUAACUCAUUGCAGCUUAGCAUGCAAUAACAGAUCAAGAUUGAGCCCACCUUUAUCACCAAACUACUUUGGUAACUUUGUUGAUGCAGUUUCAGCUUCUACCACAGGAGGAGGUGAACUGCUAGAGCAGAAUCUUGGAUGGGCAGCUUGGCUGCUGCACCAAGCUGUGAUUAAUCAAACAGAUAAAAAGUUUCGUGACCGGAUUGAUUCGUGGAUUAAAUCGCCCAUUAUUUAUCAUCUUGGCCAGUUUUUUGGUCUUUAUGGUGUGCACUUCGGAAGUUCUCCACGUUUCAAUAAGUAUGGCUGUGAAUUGGGAUUGGGUAAAGCUUUGACUCUUCGUAGUGGGUAUGCACAUAAAUUCUGUGGCAAGGUGUCAGCCUACCCAGGACGUGAAGGUGGUGGAAGUGUGGAUUUGGAGGUGUGCCUUCUCCCAGAUUCGAUGACUGCUCUUGAAUCUGAUAAAGAAUUCAUGGCUGCUGUCUCUUAGCCUCCUUCACAGUACUACUAAUAAUUAAGACUUAAAUGGUUGAUGUUGUUGUGUGAUUGCUUUCCUUUCAUUGUAGCUUUCAUUAAUGCAAAUAACAAGGGUUAAGUGCCCAUUUCACA